AUGUCUGGUUUAGGCGGUGGCUUUGCCGAGCGUUUUGCGCGAGAAACAUGGGCUCUUUACGCUGUUGGCGUCUUGGGUGCUGUCCUUCGAUAUACGGCCCGUGUAAGACGUUUAGGUUUUCAGAAUCUCCAGGUCGAUGACUACUUAAUGUUGAACGCCGUGGUUUGGUAUACCAUUCUCUGUGUCGCCUUGAACGAGGUCGCUUCAGGCGGAGGAUCAAAUUUGUUGACCCAAGCGGAAAUCGAUGCUCUCACACCUGCCACUACCGCUGAGCGAGUCCGAGGAAGUAAAUGGGUCUUUGUGUCGGAACAUGCGUUCAUUCUUUGUGUUUGGAGUUUGAAGGCAUGCAUGUUGGUGAUUUAUGCUCGUAUCACUGAGGGACUACGACAGCGAAAAUGGAUUAACUACAUCGCUGUCUACGUUGCACUUGGAUUCGUCGCCACCGAACUCUCACUAUUUCUCAUCUGUCGACCUUUACCAAAUUACUGGGCUGUUCCUACUAGUAACUACCAAUGCCAAUCAUACCAAUACUAUGAGAUUGUUCAAGGAUCCCUUUCUAUCUCAGCCGACAUCUUCAUGCUGCUCGUUGCGAUUCCAAUGCUUGUUCAAGUCCGCGUGCCACUCAAGCAGAAGAUGAUUCUCAUCCUGCUCUUCGGAAUGGGUGUAUUCGUCAUUGUCGCCGCCAUUCUGAACAAGGUCUACUGUCUGGUCCCCUCGCUCAUUUCUUACGUCUAUAUGAACUGGUACUUCCGGGAAGCUACAGUGGCGAUCCUGGUUACAAACUUGCCACUAGUAUGGUCAUUGCUACGAGACGUCUUCCCUGCGCUCAAGAGUUGGACCGGGGGAUCGAAGAGAGGAACCGAUCGGUACAAGUCGCAACCCUGGACCAACAGCAAGAACUCUCGACCAUAUGGACCUUCCAGUCAAUUCCGCUCAGAAGAUUUCCAUAUGCAAGAUUUCCAUACGGCUACAGUCAUUCCCACGAAGGGUGGCCCUGCGGUUUCCGAUAUCAGUCUCGAGACCAGUAACGACCGGGACAUGAGCAGCGACGAUGGAUCUGCUCGCGCCCUACGCAUUCGCCAAGAUAUUACCGUUACCGUACAACAUGAUUCGAGGCCACCUGAUUAUGAGACUACUGCUAGUAGUGCCCACGUCACUGGGCACGAAUCAGUCUAG